UUGACCCCCGAAUCAAUGGCUGUAAACACUCUAAGCGCGGUGACAAGAAUAAAACAACCUCGUGUCAAACAGGCACCUACCUGGGACCCGGAACUGCGCCGAGCAAAUAUGCGUUCCCCCUCCGUCCCUCCCGGCCGCCUUUCUCAGCAUCCCCCCAUAUACGCACGCACGAAUCACCUUGCAGUCUUUCCAAUCUACACAACUCUCUUCCUUCACAGCUUUGAAAACCGCAGGGCAGAAACAACAAAAAGAUCCACACCGGCUGCCUGUGAUCAGUGGAUUUUUUUUCAACACCCUCUUCCGUUCCAUCCCAUCCUACUGGCCCAUCCCCACCAUCCCCCCCCCGGCAGAAGGCAGGCUGGGAAAUUGCAAUCUGCGCUCGCCCUUAGCCGCGUCACGCCGACCCUUCAUUCUUCAACGUGCGAAUCUGAUGUUUACAUCAUUUGGCAGCAUCUCGUCAUCAUGCAAAAACAUCAUCUCUCAGCUUCCAUGUGCCAUUCUUUGCAGUGA